UAACACCUGAGAGCUCGGGAGCAGUUGGACAGAUCUACAGCAGCACAUCCUCGCAGCUCGCUCGACCCUCAUCCUGAAGCUUAAAUCUCUUCUGGCUGGAGCAGCUGAUGUGUUUCUGUGUGGGAUUUAAAAAGACCUGACCUGAGAGUCCAGCUCUGCCUCAGCAGCGUCACAGACUGUGGAUACAGCUGCAGCAAUCAUGGCUGCUGGGUUCCUAAUUACAAGAAUAUUACUGGUUUUCUGGUUGAGUGAGCCGCACUUCUCCUCAGCAUUUCCAAGAGACAGAAGUUUUGUGAAUCCUGUAGCAUGGCACAGUAUAAAGAAGAAACAAGAAGGAUAUGGUUAUGGGAAUCGUCGCCCUCUCCAGUACAUCCAAGCUUUGAGGCAGACCCACAUCAAGCUGCAGCCCAACAUCCAUGAUCAGGAUCCGAUGACAGCCUGGCAAAAACCUCAAAGUUCGGUCCAUAGCCAUGCUCAGAUACAAAAUCAACCCAGUCUGUACCACCAAACCCAAAACCCUUACGAGCCACGGUCUGAUGUUUCUACCAAAUGGACACAGGAAACUUCCCAAUCCCAGCAUCCACCACAGAGAAACCUUCCUCUCGCGAAGCCCAGAAGCUUCGAAUUCAACCUAAAAAUUCCUUUUGUUGAUUCCCAGGGCCAAAGCAAAGAAACCAGUUCAACCACUAAAGGCUUGGAUUUGAACAGUGGUGGUUACAAUGGUCAGUCAUACAGGCCGAGCAGUGUUCAGAUCUACACCACUUUCAAUAGUGAUUCUGGUUCGGAUGGUGUUUCAGGCGAAGGCUCCACAAAAUACCCAAAUGGAGGAAAAUCUGCCCAUGAAAUUUCAAAGCCAAGCUUCCAACUUAACUUAUCUGUUCCAAUUCCUCCAAGACCCUCCAGCAGCAAUGAUGGCUAUGUUGCAAAUUUGCAAAAACCAGGACGUGUUGUCCAGAAUAGUUCCAUGGAGUCGUCAAAACCACAAUCCAUUCCAAUCCAGAGUGGAUCAGAAGGGAUGCACUUAAAUUCUGAUGGGAUUGUGCAGCAACAGACAGAGCACCAGCCUUAUAAGCCAGUUCAGACCUUGUAUACUAAUAACACACUGGUUACCUUUUCACCUGGACAUGCUAGCCAGCCUACAAUCCCCAGCCAAAAUAUCCCCACCCAACAGACUCUGGUAUUUCCACAGCCUUUAGCUCCAUCACUGCUAAUCCCACAAUAUCCUCCUCUUCAACGUGACAAUGUCCACAGUGGCUACUACAGUUCCCAGAUAAAUCCUUUGAGUAAUAGCUAUGGCAACAGUCAAAGUGGACAAACUAUUUCACCAGAAGUAACAAAUCCUCCUGUUUCUGCAUCACAAUAUGAAACGGUUCCAAGUGGACAUUACAGUGCUGGUCAGGUCAAACCCAGUGACAACAGCUAUGUGCAACAUCAAUCCUGGCAACCAGUAGGUGGUCCAACUCUCUCUGCUUUGGAACAGUAUAACUAUGGGCUGUUUAAACCAUCCUCUGGGCAAAAUGUAGAAGCAGUACCUCAUCAGAGUCCGGUCCACCCUUCGUUUCCCACAGCUGCUCAGCCCCAAUAUGAACUUCCAUCAUACCAUAAACCGGCCACCAAUAAUUAUUAUGGAACACACAAUGUGGUGCCCAUGGGGCCAAAAGGUGUCUCUUCAUCUUAUCAACACAGCAGAGAUCAGAGUGGACAGGCUGUGUUGCCUGCUUUGGACAGUUCACAAAAUUUCCAGGGAUGGUCGACUCAUUAUCAACCCCAAAUAAAGCUCCCUGCACAGAAUGCUGGUGGAGGGCAACUAGAUGGAAAACCCCAAUACAGACCUCUUGAACCUGACAAUGUCCACAGUGGCUACUACAGUUCCCAGAUAAAUCCUUGGAGUAAUGGCUAUGGCUCUGGUCAAAGUGGACAAAUGGUUUCACCUGAACCAACAAAUCCUCCUGUAACUCCAUCACAAUAUGAGACAGCCCCAAGUGGACAUUACAGUGCUGGUCAGGUCAAACCCAGUGAUAUCAACUAUGGUCAACAUCAAUCCUGGCAACUUGUUGGUGCUCCACCUACCUCUGCUUUGGAACAGUAUAACUAUGGCCCGUUUAAACCAUCCACUGGGCAAAAUGUAGUAGCAGUACCUCAUCAGAGUCCGGUCCACCCUUUAGUUUCCACAGUCGCCCAACCCCAAUAUGAACUUCCGUCAUACCAUCAACCGGCCACCAAUAAUUAUUAUGGAGUGCAACUGAGUGGAAAACCCCGAUACACUAAACUAUUUAUUGAUGUGGAAGAUGAAACAGACAAAGGUAAUGGGCAGUAUGAUUAUUCCACAGCUCCGCAAACGUACUAUGAUGGACACUCCCGUACAUGGCCGGUCAAUGUACCAGAGUGACUUUCAUAGUAUGUUUGUUUUUUUACCAUUCCCAAUCUACUGUUUGUGAAGUCUCUGGUUUCAGUGAGCCGAGAUCAACUCACUGAAUUACUUCAACUCUACGUUUGAAAAUUACCCAAGCAACAAACUAGUGGUGGCAAACUAGCAUGGACAGUGAAGUGGGCUAAUAUGCAUAAAGCAAAUGGAGAUUUCUGUUCCCAUACUGGGCCAGGACACGAGGAUGGUUUGUUUGGUCAACAACAUUCAUCUGAACAUCACCAACCUUUACACCAUGCCAGAUCCUUCUAGUCCCCAUAACACAAUAUCCCGUUAGCCAAAGCACCGUCUGUUAGGAGGCAUCAGCAUUACUUGUUGAUUAUUGAAACAUCUUUUCCAGCUUCAGCAGUCAACCCACUGGAGGUCCGCUGUAUUACUUAGGAUGAUUUUUGUUAAAUCUCUUAUCUUCAGCAUACCAGAAGACUGCUGACUGGCAAGACUUUACAUCCAUCAGGGAUUUUUGUUCUGUUUAAUGGUCCUAUGUGUCCAACAUUAAUGGGGGUUGUACAUAUGCAUACAAGUCCGGCUUAUUCAUCUCUAGUACCAGGGGACCAAUGUUCAGGUGGACAAUGGACAAUACAAGCCUGGUGUUUACUUGAGGAAAGGGUUGUGAGUUCUAGCUGAUACACAAUCCACUUUCCUGAGUACCUGUGCAGUAAAGAGAUCAGCUGAUGUCUGCAAGCAGCUAUUGAUGCCUUCAAAGUAAAACAGACUGUGCAGUCUGCACUGAAGUGGUGCGUGGAGGAUAAUCUACAGCCCACACAUUUCCAUUAGAGUCCAAGCUCUAUCCUGUGCUUUGAUUCUUUAAGUUGCAGCCUAACUUUAAAGAACACUUUGGAAAAUACCUGGGUAGUGAGCAGGUGUGCUCCUUUGAGACUGUUCAUGGAAACCAGAAACAUUAUUUCCCUGCAAUAUCACAAACAAUACUUUAAAUGUCAGCCGUAUCCUUUCCACGUUUUGAUCUCUUCUCAUCAACCAUGUAUCCAAAAUAAAUCUACUUAUUUGAGUUGAAUAAAGUGUCACAAUUGUUCAAAGUUGCUUGUGAUGCAUGUGGGAUUAUACAGUCAUGCCGUAGAGUACAGCAUAACUUGGCAGCGUCUCGCAAACAGUGACGCGGCGUGUUCAAAAGAAUGACUGAUCAAAGCGGCGCCUGCUGUUCUGAGGCGGUCUCAUGAGUGAGGUGUGAUCACUUCAAAGGAUUCAGCCACUCGCAUCGCUGCCGUCGCUUGUUUUGUCGAGGUUACCUUCUGCACUGUCACUUCUUCUAUGAACCGCAUAUAAACCAACAACAGCCUGGCUGCUUUUUUAAUUAUGGAUGUUGACGUGGAACAUGAAGUCAAUCUGGUGCGACAUUUUUCCACAUCUGCUCAGGCCACUGACGGUUGUUAAUCAGUACCUCAGUGAUGUAGAAGCGAGCCUAUUAGGACAGAAUACUCUCUCUUUACGAGAGUCUUACAUUGGCUGUUUUAAUUGGCUUUUGCUUGUCUGUUACUGUUCCAAGUUUUUAAAAAAAAGCUCUGAAACAAUGUAACUCAAUCUGUAGAUGACAAUCUUGAAAAAUCAAUAUUUAACAGAGUGAACAAAGACCAAAGAAAGCCUUAGAGACGCUGUUAGACAUCAGAUGGUUUCUGAAAACUGUCCACCAGAAGCAGGAAACACUGUUAAUCUGCCUCCUUUCAGGACUUUAAAGUGUAAAUGAGUAUAUUUGGUGUUUGUAGCAUUUGUUGUUGUAGAUUAUUGUAUUGUAGAUGUGCAUACUGUUUGAAUACACCCUUAAAAAAGGUUCGAGUUGUUCGUGGUGAUGCGAUAG